UCCGUGCCGCGGCUCUUAAAGGAGACGCAUCCUGAGCGGAGCCGGUCUCCUCCAAAGAAACGCGAGGUUUGCUGUCGCUUUAAGAAGAAAUUACUGUUCAAUGUUUGUAAAAUGAGAUUCUUCAUAAAACGUGACAUUUUAACAAUAACAGAUCUAAUGUAGCAGCCGUGCAGUGUCGGACAUUUAUCUUUAGCGAGCGAACUACACUAGUCCCCCCCCCCCGGAGCAGGGCCUUCUGCUUGGAUCUUCAUUUUUAUAUUUUCACGUCUAACUGAGUAAAAAACAUCCGUGAGGCUCUUGACAGUUGAGCAACAGCGACAUGGACUCAGAGGAGGACGAGGUUUCGGCCUCUCGUCCCGGGGUCGAGACAACCGGAGACUCCGAGGAGGCCCCGAACUCAUCCGCGGGCUCGCUUGAGUCGCCCGGCGGGAGAAGGGGACGCAGAGGCCGCGCGGCACCUGCGGGGACCCGCCCGGACUCUCGGGCUCCUGUCGGAGGUUCCGUGCGUGUUUUGCGAGCCCGGGGAGCGGCAGCGUGUACCGCUGCCGGGUCUGAGGAUCGUGGCGGCUCCACGAAAAAACCCGCAAGUCUGGUUCGGGGACGUACGAGACGUGCGGGAUCACGCUCCCGACACUCACCUGACAUGCAAGCUGCCACAAAGAGAUCCACUGCCAUAAAAGCUUCCAAACGCGGACCCAAGCUGUCCAAAUCUGGAAAGGGCAAAGGGAGAACCCGAGCCUCGCACACCACAUCAGCAGCAGAGAUGGAGGCUCCGUCAUGUGGGAAGGACACAGGUGCUUUGGAAGAAAGCAAUGACAACAUUGCAGACGCAGCUCUCGGUGAGGACCCUCCAUUCAGCGAUGACCGAGAAGACCUCAUCUGUCAACCUGACACAAAGACGAAGAAAUCAAGUCAGUGUGCAACAUUACAAGAGGAAGUCAAAAAAGAGGAGUCAGAGGAGGAGGAAGAAGACAAUGACGUCAAAAAGGAAGAAUCAACUGAGAUUGUUGCGCAAAUCAAGGGAGGAGAGGGUGAUAACACAGAGCCAACCAGAAAACGCGGUCGACAGCACAAAGAUAGCAAAGCCCCUCAGCAGCCAAAGCGAAGGAAAAAGCCCCCAGUGCAGUAUGUCCGCUGUGAAAUGGAAGGCUGUGGUACUGUCUUAGCACACCCACGCUACCUACAGCACCAUAUAAAAUACCAGCACUUGCUAAAAAAGAAGUAUGUGUGUGACCACCCUUCAUGUGGGCGCUUGUUUCGUCUGCAGAAGCAGCUGUUGCGCCACGCAAAGCACCACACAGACCAACGGGACUACAUCUGUGAGUUUUGUGCUCGUGCCUUCAAGAGCUCCCAUAACCUCGCUGUGCACAGGAUGAUCCACACAGGAGAGAAACCUAUACAGUGUGAGAUCUGUGGCUUCACCUGCCGUCAGAAGGCCUCCUUAAACUGGCACAUGAAGAAACACGAUGCAGAAGCCUCCUACCAGUUUUCUUGCUCUGUUUGUGGCAAAAAGUUUGAAAAAAAGGACUCUGUUGUUGCCCACAAGGCCAAGAGCCACCCUGAGGUGCUCAUAGCUGAGGCUGUCGCAGCCAAUGGGGGUACGGUAAUAAGAUGUCCCACCCCGGUCUUGGAGAACGUCCCCGUGCUCACCCAGCCUGAACAGCCCUCUCUCAGCCAGGAGAGCCAGGAGGCAGCAGUGGGAAGUACACUCACUCCGCUGCAGCAGGUGGUGCUCCCCUUUACUCCACAGACUCAGCUAGAUGUGUCUCAAAGCCAGUUCCUCCAACUGCCGACGCAUCAUGUGGUGCAGGUAGCACACCAGCAGCAGGCCCCUACCUUGCUGCACCUCACCGCUGCUCCUCUUUCUCACCUCUCCACCAACAGCCACCCGCAGCUCAUCCAGCUCCCUGCUCUUCCCGCCAGCACCGUGGGCUCCCAGAGCACCCUCCUCACCCUCAGCUCCGUCACCUCCCUGACCUCCCAGCAGACCGUGCAGUGGAGCAGGGAGGCGGCUGAAGUUGCACCAGUACCUGGAGAGGGUGAGCUGUGGGAAAAGGUAAUUGUGGGCGGGGACCACCAGGAUGUUGGGGACAUGGUUUGGGAGAGCUGCAGGGAGAGGAGGAAGGACGAGGAGGGGGUUGUCUGGGAGCGGGAAGGAGAGAGACAGAUUCUGUUGCAGUGUGCAGAGAUUCACGGAGAUAAUUUAAUCUAGAUAGACAGCUCAAGAAUGAGGAACUUUAUGGAGGGAAACUGAAGGCACACGCAGUUUGUCUCCAUGGAGUAUAAUUUAGUAGUCACAUACAGUUGCAUAACUACUUCAUGUCAGGGAAUAUGAUUAAAAAUGUAGAUUCCUUAUGCUUCUUUUACCACUUAGUUAGAAUUUUAAAACUUUAACUUUGUCACCCUGUGUUUGUAUAUAGAUAUGUGUAUAUCUUUAUCUUAAACUUUAAUCUAUUUACACAGUGAAUUGAUGAUUGUCCUUGAGGUUACCUCCAGCAGCUU